UUUCCCCAAAGAGCAAAUCACUGGACAGGCUUUCAAGCACAUGAGGACUCCAACUCCCAGCAUCCCUCUGGGGCCACGCAUGCGCGCUGCGUGUGGAACGCUGGCCGGUGAAGUCCGCUUGGCUCCGCCACCUGCGUGCGUGCGGCCUAGUGACGGCGAUGGGGCUGAGACGGGCGCUGGGCCUCGGGGCUCGGCUAGGCCGGGUCCUCCUGCGGGGAUGGCUCGCGGGGCCUCCCCACCACACCGCCGCGUCCCCGCCCGCCUCCUGCUUUUCCGCCGCCCCGUCCGCGCGGCCCCCGGGGCUGCUCCUCCUGCGCCUGGCCGCGGCCCGGCUGGGCCUCCGCAGCGUCCCUCUCCGGCGCCUCCCGCCGGCCCCGCGGCGGCUGGGGCUGGGGCUGGGGCUGGGGCUGGCGCUGCUGGAGCUCGCGGCGGCCGAGGAGGAGAGGCGCGCCGCCGCGGCCUGCAGGGACAUCCAGACAAUCUUCCUCCCGAGGAACAAGCCCCCAAAGGAGACCCUGGGAUUAGUAGCCCAGCGAGGCUUCAGACUGGAGGAGUAUUUCAUCGGCCAGUCGAUCGGCAAAGGCUGCAGCGGGGCUGUGUAUGAAGCGGCCGCUCCUGCCACCCCCACCGGGGACAGAGAUCCGGUGCCCGAACGGGGGGAUGGUGGUGGGGGUGCUUCGGACACCCAGGGUGUGGUCGAGGCCGAGGGCUGGAAGGAAGAGUUCCCACUGGCUAUCAAAAUGAUGUGGAAUAUUUCGGCUGGUUCUUCGAGUGAAGGCAUCCUGGCCACCAUGUCUCAAGAACUGGUCCCAGCCAGCAGACGGGCUCUUUCUGGAGAAUUUGGAGCAGUUGCCAGACCCAGGAAGUGCCUCUUUGGGAAGAAGUGGCUGAAGCCUCACCCCAACAUCAUCCAGGUGAUCCGGGCUUUCACCUCUCAGGUCCCGCUGCUGCCGGGCGCCACGGUGGACUAUCCGGACGUCCUGCCUUCCACCCUGAACCCCUCCGGCCUUGGGCACAGCCGCACCCUCUUCCUGGUGAUGAAGAACUACCCAUGCACGCUGCGGCAGUUCCUCCUUGCCGAGGGGCGCCCGGAACCCCCUGUGGGGGCCGUGAUGAUCCUGCAGUUGCUGGAAGGGGUGGAUCACCUCGUCCGACAGGGAGUCGCCCACCGAGACCUGAAGUCAGACAACAUCCUGGUGGACUUGGACUCGGGUGCCCCCCCCCCCCCCGUUCCCCAGGUGGCCACGGCCAUGCCAGGCCCAGGCGUGGUGAUCGAUUACAGCAAGGCGGACGUCUGGGCCGUGGGCGCCCUGGCCUAUGAGAUUCUGGGGCCCGGGAACCCCUUCUACGGCCAAGGGGGCCCCGCCCUGGACAGCCGCACCUACCAGGAGGAAGAGCUGCCCCCCUUGCCCACCCCGGCAGCCCCGGAAGUGAAGGAGCUGGUGGCCAGGCUCCUGCAGCGGAGCCCAGCCAAGAGGCCCCCGGCCCGAGUGGCAGCCAACGUCCUCCACCUGAGCCUCUGGGGUGAGGCGGCUCUCGGCCAGGCGGGUGGCCUCCCUCUCCCGCAGCUGCUGCCCUGGCUGCUUCAAGAGUCGGCCGCGGCUUUAAUGACCGACCGGCUGGGCGGCACCCGAAGGGUGGAGUCCCGCUUGAAGAGGGGCUUCCUGGCCAGCCUGGACUACGAGGACCUCUGUGAGGCGGUGGCCCUGCUCCGCUCCUGGAGGGGGGCGGCCAGGCCUGCCCCCCAGUAGAAGCGCCCCUCCCCUCGUGGACCCCGUGGGGGAGGCGGCUUCCGGGGGGGUGGGGCUGCAGUGCAAAGGGGGGAGUGGAGGUUCAGCAAGGGGAACGGGCGUUUUCUCCCCAGGACUUCAUCAAGCUGGUGACAGGGCAUGAUGAGGCUGUGGCCCCCUUGGAGGGGAACCAUGGCUUGGGGAGACCCUGGCUGCUGACUCCCCCCACCCCCCACCCCGGCUUCCCUGGUUUUCCCACUUGGUACGAGUCGCCUUUGAGAAGGGUGGUUUUGAGUUGCAGGUCAUUUAAGCUCCUUUGCUUGCCUGUUUGGCCACGUAGGGAAGUUGCCCAACCAAAGGAAAACUGCCUAGAACCCCUUCUUUCAUUCCGUGACCUAGAACCCCAAAGGGGAGGAUGAGUAGAAAACAGGUGAGAGAAAUACCGCCCUCACCCGCUUCGUUGUGGUUCUCUUUGGGUUGUUUUUUCCGGUCAAAAGGGGCCUCCUCAGCGGCGUAGUUUCUUAGAGGUGGAACUGCCUGUUGGGUCGUGCAAAUAAAUCACAUUCACGUUGGCAGAGUUGUGUGUAUGGUGCUUGGUGUUCUUCCAGGGGUUUAAAGGCAGGUUUAUUUAUUUUUAUUUAUUCUGUUGGAAAUCCUUCCUUUCACA